AAAAGGUAGUGUCAUAACAGGACAAAUACUUGAAUUUAAGUAGUGAUUAUUUAGAAUAGUAGUAUUAAUAUACAGUAUUUUGCAAUAAGAACAUUUUAAAAAUUUUUUACAAAAUAUUUUUACACUUAACUGAUUCUUACUUUUUGGACGCACUUUGUAGAUAUGCUGUAUGUUAGACAUUUUCCUAACAGACAUGCUACCAUGGCAAAUACUACAAACUCUUACAAUAUUAAUUUCAAGGUCCCAGCCAUCUGAUACUGACUUUUUGCAUUUAAAUUAUGAUUAGUCUCUGUAAAGAGUGUUAUCAUUUUAUUUUAAAAUAAAACUUAGAAAUUGAAUUGAAUUAAUAUGUAUUGGGCUUUAUUUUUAAUACUGCGUAUAAUUUUAAAAAUCAUUCAAAUAGUUUAGGACUCCUAUGCUUCAGGCUUCAGACUUCCCAAAUUCUACAGUUAAGGCAGAAAAAUUAAGACAACAUUAAAUACCAAUGACUGCUGCCACCAAUCACCUCUCUUGAUCUUGACAAUUGGAGAGUGAACCUGUUAUUGUUUAAUGUCACUUUAAUUUUUAUGCCCUAGGCUCUGCCAUUAUGCAGAGCCUGUUAUAUCACUGUAGAAUGAAGUUUUUCAACUGCAUAAGGUUUCUAUUAUCAAAUUUCAUAAUUAUAGAAUUGUGUGAUAUGCAAUAUGUGAUUUUCAUAGUGUAUUUUUAAUUGUAAAAAAAAUUUUCAUUUUAUUUUUUCAGAAAAAGAACCAGCAAUAAAAAUUUUAAAAUCAUUGUUGCAGUUUGUUACACUUGAAAACAUUUUUAUAUGUUCAUUAAAACAGGCACUUAUUAUAGUUAAUCAAUUGCUAAGAUCAAAGAAUACUUUAACUAUGUUCCGAAAAGAUAUUUUCAAAAGUAAAAGUGUACUCCAUUAUUUGUGCAAUAAACUACCAUAUUUUGGAGAUUUUGAAGCACAAGCUGUUAUCUUGGAAUGUAUAUUUAGAUGUACUGAUGCAUCUAACAGAAAUAAUUGGGCAAAAGAAUGGUUUCCGAAUAAAAGCAUAUAUUCUGUAUUUAUGUCAUUUAAUUUACUGCAGUUUGAAGUGGAUUGUAGAAAAUUUCUUUUACUACUUAAUGAAAAUCAGGGUGAUAAUAGAAGGGUUUAUUCUGUCAUUGCUAAUUCAAUUAUUCUUGGUAACAUAGAGGUUAAGAAACCUCGUAGUUCAGAACUAUGGGUAGAUUUUAAUAUGGAUAGUAAAUGUUUAUCAUUUUAUUGUGCAGAGCUAUCUGAGGAACAGAUAGAGGAGGAAAGUCUUUGGGAAACAAUUAUUUUAAAUUAUGAAAGUGUAUCAGAAUGUAGCUUAAUAGUUGGUUUACAGAAUCAUUGCCAGAAACUACUGAUAAAGUUAAAUCAUUCAUGUAUUCAACUAUUAUGUACUGCAACAUCACCUCAUGUUCCAUAUUUGCCUGGAUUAGAUGAUGAUUCUGUUAGCUUGUACUUUCAAGAAAAUUUGAAUAUCCAUUCUUACAUAGCUCAGAUUUUUACUGAAGCAUAUGUGGGUGAAAUAGUAAAUAAUUCUCAAUGUGAGCUGAAUUCAGCUGAAAAUACAUUGUUUCAAAUGGAAAAGACUAAGAAUGAAGAGAGUAUAGGAUUAGAAAGCAGAACAUUACAAAAGAGCUCUGUUGUUUUGUCACCAGUCUUGCUUUUAGAAAGAAUUCAAAUUGAAAAAGGUGAAAUAGUAAAUAAUUCUCAAUGUGAGCUGAAUUCAGCUGAAAAUACAUUGUUUCAAAUGGAAAAGACUAAGAAUGAAGAGAGUAUAGGAUUAGAAAGCAGAACAUUACAAAAGAGCUCUGUUGUUUUGUCACCAGUCUUGCUUUUAGAAAGAAUUCAAAUUGAAAAAGACAUAUUACCAAUAUCUUGUAUGAAUAAAGAUAAAGAUGAAGAGAAAUCUUUAUUUAAAUGUCAGUCAGAUGAAUUAAGAACUACAAAAUUAAAUUCCGAUUUCAAAAAAGUUAUAGAAGACAAUGAUUUAGAAGCAGAGCAAAUCAAAAAUAAUCAAACUGUUAUAUGUGAAAGUAGCCAAGGUUACGGAGUAAGUAGUACUCAAGUAACACUUACAGGCACUAGUCGGUAA